UCUCCUUCAACUUACCUAGCUAGGCCACAACUGUCUCUCUCUCUCUCUCUCUUUCUCUUCCCGUUGCAUCAUGGCCGUUGAAAACGGGAAGCAAGCUGCGGAGGCCGGCGGCGGCGCGGCAAAGCCAGAGAGGGCAGUUAAGAUAACAGAAAAAUCAAGUGUGCAGCCGAGGAAGCCGACGGCGAACCCGAAGGUAGCGCUGGCGACUUUCGACCUUCCCUACAUCACAUUUUACUACAAUCAGAAGCUUUUGGUUUACAAACAAGGGGCGGAGGAGUUUGCUGUUGUUGUGGGGAAAAUGAAGGAGGCAUUGGCGGAGGUGUUGGAGGAGUUCUAUCCGCUCGCCGGAAAAUUGGUGCAGGAGGAGGAAGAUAGAGCGCUGUAUGUUGAGUGUGAGGGAACAGAGGGAGGGGUGGAGGUGGUGGAGGCGGAAGCGGAGGAGGUGGUGGUGGCGGACCUGGCGGAGGGAGAAGCGCCGGAGGAGCUUAUGAAGGAAUUGGUGCCGUAUACUGGCGUUAUGAACCUCGAGGGAUUUAGCCGACCGUUAGUCGCCGUUCAGUUGACAAAGCUGAAGGACGGUAUUGCCCUUGGCUGCGCCUUCAACCACGCCAUUCUGGACGGAAAUUCCACGUGGCAUUUCAUGACUUCUUGGGCCGAGCUGACCCGCGGUGAGCCCAUCUCCGCAAGCCCAGUCCACAACCGAUCCCUGGCCCGAUCGACCCGCGUCCCCCUCAGCCUCCCGAUCUCCCCUGCCGCCCACGAGCUCGCAGACCCUAACCCUUCUCCUCCUUCCUCCCUCCGCGCUCGCGUCUUCUCCUUCCCCGAAUCCACAAUCCUCCGCCUCAAAUCCGCCAUCAACUCCUCUCUUCCCGCCGGAACCAAACCCUUCUCCACCUUCAAAUCCCUCGCCGCACACGCCUGGCGCUCCAUCUCCCGCGCACGUCGCCUCCCUCCCGAUUCCAUCACCAUCUUCGCCGUCUUCGCCGACUGCCGCUCCCGCCUCCGUCCUCCACUCCCAGAUUCCUACUUCGGAAACGUAAUCCAAGCCGUUUUCACCGGCACCGCCAUUCAUCCCCUUCUCACCGCCCCGCCCGAAUUCGCCGCCGGACUAUUGCAACAAGCAAUCGAAGCCCACGACGCCGCCGCGAUUCAAGCGAGGCUAGAAGAGUACGAAUCGAAGCCGAAGAUGUUCUAUUUCACCGACGCCGGCAUAAAUUGCGUCGCGGUUGGGAGUUCGCCGAGGUUUCGUGUCUACGACGUGGAUUUCGGAUUCGGGCGGCCGGAAAGAGUGAGGAGCGGCAAGAACAAUAAGUUCGAUGGCAUGAUGUACUUGUAUCCAGGGAGGGACGGGGGGAAGGGGAUUGAUGUGGAGCUGACGCUGGAUGGGCAGGCCAUGGAGAAUCUGGAGAACGAUGGAGAGUUUCUCGUCGCCGGAGGAGAUGAGCCGUGAUGAUGAGCUAGUGUUGAAGCAAUUUUAGUAUUUAAGAUUUGUGUAUUUGUAGUUGUUGGGAGUUGGGGAGUAUAUGUGGGAAGGAGGAGGAAUAAGAGGUGUGGUCAAGGGCGAAUUAUUACGGACGUCGCCCCAUCACCCGAAUAUAUUAGGUCCUGGUGUAUUUGGGUGAUGUGGCGCGUCUGGAUUGGUGUCCGGACGAAUCCGGACACCGAACGUAAUAAUUUGCCGUGGUUAAGGCUUUAUUUUUAUUUUCAAUGGUGUUGAAUGAGAACUAAUUUUCAUUGUGUAAGACUGUUGGGGAGUGUUGAGGCAUGAUUGUGCUAUAAAUAAGUGAUUUGGGUUCAUUUCAUUAUA